AUGUCCGACCACACAGAGCGUGUAUUAAUCGACACCACCAGCAACCCCAGCAUCACCAUUCUCACCAUCAACCGACCCGGAAGAAAGAAUGCCGUGGACCCCGAGACCGCAAAGCAGUUAUACGAGGCCAUCCUCGCCUAUGAAUCUGAUUCGGCCCAGAAAAUCUGCAUCUUGACCGGCGCCGGAGGCACAUUUUGCGCUGGAGCAGACCUGCACGAGGUGGCAAAGAAGAACGUCAACGCCAACGCCGACGCCGACUCCCAGUCCUCCUCGGCCGAGAACCUUCAACCCGUUGACGAGCGUAACCUUGGACCCAUGGGACCUUCACGUCUCAUUGUUCAAAAGCCAGUCAUCGCAGCCGUAUCUGGAUACGCUGUCGCCGGGGGCCUGGAGCUGAGCCUGCUGGCAGAUAUGCGCGUCGUCGAAGAGGACGCCAUCUUCGGUGUCUUUUGUCGUCGAUGGGGAGUUCCUCUAAUCGACGGAGGUACGGUGCGACUACAAGCCAUUGUUGGAUUGGGACGGGCCCUCGAUAUGAUUCUUACGGGUCGUCCCGUGGGUGCUCAUGAAGCUCUGACGAUGGGACUUGCGAAUCGGGUUGUACCAAAGGGCCAGGCGUUGCAGGAAGCGCUCCUUAUUGCGAGACAAAUCAUUACAUUUCCGGAGCUGUGUAUGAAUACAGAUCGAAGGUCUGCCUAUUAUAGUGCGUAUGAGGCGACUUCCUUCCAGGAUGCUUUGACGCGGGAGUUCAAUGCCGGGUCGCAGGUAAUCUCGAAGGAGGCGAUUGCUGGAGCCGCGAAAUUCAGCAAAGGAUCUGGUCGGCAUGGGAGUUUUAAAGACUUUGCCAAGCUGUGA